AUGGCGGCUAUGCACGCAGGGGUAAUGUCGAGGGAACCGGCGGUGCUACACCGGGCGUUCAGUGCUGCCAUCGAUCCGGUAAUGAGGAAGAGUGUGUGUCGAAAUUCAAAUGCGUUGCCAGGGUGUGAUUAAUUAAGUGCUCCUAGCAUGCAAUUCACCACUUUGAUGUUUUUUCUUAUUUUUUUCUUUUGAAGUCUAAUCCACCAUAUCCCUCCCCCCGAAAAAAAAUACUAGUUAUAUUUGCCCCUCGAUCAAAUAUUUAUCUGUAAUGACUGAUGAAGUUCAAUUGAAGUUCUGUUACUUUUGGGAGGUAUAUUGUGUGCUGCAUUCGUCUAUCCCUCCUCACCAUGACUUGGAGUACUGGGAGGAAAUGGAACAGGGUCUUGGCGAGAUUGAAAGAACAUCAUGUUCUGUUAAGAGGUUACUAUUAAUUGAUGAGUUUCCGAAUACCACUAAACAGAUUCUUCACGAAAAUUAUGUCACGAUUCAAGAGACAUUGAAAUAUCAACAUACAGUGGGGAAAAAAAGUAUUUAGUCAGCCACCAAUUGUGCAAGUUCUCCCACUUAAAAAGAUGAGAGAGGCCUGUAAUUUUCAUCAUAGGUACACGUCAAGUAUGACAGACAAAUUGAGGAAAAAAAAUCCAGAAAAUCACAUUGUAGGAUUUUUAAUGAAUUUAUUUGCAAAUUAUGGUGGAAAAUAAGUAUUUGGUCACCUACAAACAAGCAAGAUUUCUGGCUCUCACAGACCUGUCACUUCUUCUUUAAGAGGCUCCUCUGUCCUCCACUCGUUACCUGUAUUAAUGGCACCUGUUUGAACUUGUUAUCAGUAUAAAAGACACCUGUCCACAACCUCAAACAGUCACACUCCAAACUCCAUGAUGGCCAAGACCAAAGAGCUGUCAAAGGACACCAGAAACAAAAUUGUAGACCUGCACCAGGCUGGGAAGACUGAAUCUGCAAUAGGUAAGCAGCUUGGUUUGAAGAAAUCAACUGUGGGAGCAAUUAUUAGGAAAUGGAAGACAUACAAGACCACUGAUAAUCUCCCUCGAGCUGGGGCUCCACGCAAGAUCUCACCCCAAAAUGAUCACAAGAACGGUGAGCAAAAAUCCCAGAACCACACGGGGGGACCUAGUGAAUGACCUGCAGAGAGCUGGGACCAAAGUAACAAAGCCUACCAUCAGUAACACACUACGCCGCCAGGGACUCAAAUCUGAAGUCUGAAGUUUGCUAGAGUGCAUUUGGAUGAUCCAGAAGAGGAUUGGGAGAAUGUCAUAUGGUCAGAUGAAACCAAAAUAUAACUUUUUGGUAAAAACUCAACUCGUCGUGUUUGGAGGACAAAGAAUGCUGAGUUGCAUCCAAAGAACACCAUACCUACUGUGAAGCAUGGGGGUGGAAACAUCAUGCUUUGGGGCUGUUUUUCUGCAAAGGGACCAGGACGACUGAUCCGUGUAAAGGAAAGAAUGAAUGGGGCCAUGUAUCGUGAGAUUUUGAGUGAAAACCUCCUUCCAUCAGCAAGGGCAUUGAAGAUGAAACGUGGCUGGGUCUUUCAGCAUGACAAUGAUCCCAAACACACCGCUCUGGCAACGAAGGAGUGGCUUCGUAAGAUGCAUUUCAAGGUCCUGGAGUGGCCUAGCCAGUCUCCAGAUCUCAACCCCAUAGAAAAUAUUUGGAGGGAGUUGAAAGUCCGUGUUGCCCAGCGACAGCCCCAAAACAUCACUGCUCUAGUGGAGCUCUGCAUGGAGGAAUGGGCCAAAAUACCAGCAACAGUGUGUGAAAACCUUGUGAAGACUUACAGAAAACGUUUGACCUGUGUCAUUGCCAACAAAGGGUAUAUAACAAAGUAUUGAGAAACUUUUGUUAUUGACCAAAUACUUAUUUUCCACCAUAAUUUGCAAAUAAAUUCAUUAAAAAUCCUACAAUGUGAUUUUCCUUGAUUUUUUUCUCUCCAUUUUGUCUGUCAUAGUUGACGUGUACCUAUGAUGAAAAUUACAGGCCUCUCUCAUCUUUUUAAGUGGGAGAACUUGCACAAUUGGUGGCUGACUAAAUACUUUUUUCCCCCACUGUAGGUAGUCACUCUGCAAUGACUAAUGAAUAAGGCAUUGUUAUGCACCAAGGCAGUUCAGCGGGUUUGUCUACAAUUCCUCAUGAUUAUACAAGACAUUUGGUUUACACAAUGUAUUAUUUAGCCAACUAAUCAAAUCUAAUUUUAGAGGUGUAUCCAAGGAAAAUUGUAAAGUUGAACAGCAUUGAACAAAUCUUAGAGACAAUUAUUAUAAAAUUAGCAUAGUUCGAACUCAUCAUUCUCAUCAAUCAUCAAUUACAAAGAAACUACUCUCAAUAUCUUUUUCCUCGGUUUUCUCAGGCAUCCUCUACAAAGGCAGCGGUGAGAACCAGUUCAUCUCGCUGCAGCCUCCCGUCAUCUCUACAGUGAUGGGGAACGGUCGGCGCCGCAGCAUCUCGUGCCCCAGCUGCAACGGGCAGGCCAUGGGCAACAAGUUGCUGGCGCCCGUGGCCCUGGCGUGGGGCAUCGACGGCAGCCUCUAUGUGGGCGAUUUCAACUACAUCAGACGCAUCUACCCGUCGGGCAACGUUACCAGCGUCAUGGAGCUCAGGUUAGUUCAGGUUCUGCAUGGAACCGUAAUGGUGUUGCAUGGUUGUUUCGUUCUGGCCCUUUGUCCCUUUAGCUGAGAUAUUGAGGCUUUGCAUGGCUCCGUAAUUGUGUACGGCCGUUGACCUAUUGACCCUCGAUUUAGAGAUUGUUUCUUUAGUUCUUCUGAGGUAAAAGUGAAAGGAGUUGGUGUUUAGGACAAAGUGGGUUGCAUGGAUGUGAAACUCACCCAUAGCAUAUUGGCUGGAGUACAUACAAAGCAGCAUGUUUCUCACAGAGUGACAGACUAGUCUCUGUUGGCAAAGACGGUUGGCUUUGAGCAGCAUGUGUUUUUGUGUAGAAGGUUGUGAGUUCAAGCCCCACUGGAGGCAGAUCAAAAUGAUCAAAUCUUACAUAAUCUUGAAGGGGUGGACAUCUGACGUGUAAUGGUCUACUGUGAAUCAGUGGUUUUCAGAGACUUUCUUCACAAUGCACAGGUUGGUCAGACAACAUUUAGUCUACUUGCACAGUAUCAAAUGUGAUGGAACGGGAAAACGGACAGACUCACUCAUUCGAAGUAUUCAGACCCCUUGGCUUUUUCCACAUUUUGUUACUUUACAGCCUUAUUCUAAUGUGGAUUAAAUUAGUUUUUUUUCCUUAUCAAUCUACACACAAUACCCCAUAAUGACAAAGCAAAAACAGGUUUUUAGAAUUUUUUGCUAAUUUAUAAAAAAUAAAAAACAGAAAUACCUUAUUUACAUAAGUAUUCAGACCUUUUGCUAUGAGACUCGAAAUUGAGCUCAGGUGCAUCCUGUUUCCAUAGAUCAUCCUUGAGAUGUUUCUACAACGUUUGGACAUGAUUUGGAAAGGCACACACCUGUCUAUAUAAGGUCCCACAGUUGACAGUGCAUGUCAGAGCAAAAACCAGGCCAUGAGGUCGAAGGAAUUGUCCGCAGAGCUCCGAGACAGGAUUGUGUCGAGGCACAGAUCUGGGGAAGGGUACCAAAACAUUUCUGCAGCAUUGAAGGUCCCCAAGAACAGAGUGGCCUCCAUCAUUCUUAAAUGGAAGAAGUUAGGAACCACCAAGACUCCUCCUAGAGCUGGCCGCCCGGCCAAACUGAGCAAUCGGGGGAGGAGGGCCUUGGUCAGGGAGGUGACCAAGAACCCAAUGGUCACUCUGACAGAGCUCCAGAGUUCCUCUGUGGAGAUGGGAGAACCUUCCAGAAGGACAACCAUCUCUGCAGCACUCCACUAAUCAGGCCUUUAUGGUGGUGGCCAGACGGGAGCCACUCCUCAGUAAAAGGCACAUGACAGCCCGCUUGGAGUUUGCCAAAAGGUACCUAAAGGACUCUCAGACCAUGAGAAACAAGAUUCUCUGGUCUGAUGAAACCCAGAUUGAACACUUUGGCCUGAAUGCAAAGCGUCACAUCUGGAGGAAACCUUGCACCAUCCCUAUGGUGAAGCAUGGUGGUGGCAGCAUCAUGCUGUGGGGAUGUUUUUCAGCAGCAGGGACUGGGAGACUAGUAAGGGUCGAGGGGAAAGAUGAACAGAGCAAAGUACAGAGAGAUCCUUGAUGAAAACCUGCUCCAUGGGCACUAAGGACCUCAGACUGGGGCGAAGGUUCACCUUCCAACAGGAUAACGACCCUAAGCACACAGCCAAGACAACACAGGAGUGGCUUCGGGACAAGUCUCUGAAUUACCUUGAGUGGCCUAGCCAGAUCCCGGACUUGAACCCGAACAAAUAUCUCUGGAGAGACCUGAAAAUAACUGUGCAGCGACACUCCCCAUCCAACCUGACAGAGCCUGAGAGGAUCUGCAGAGAAGAAUGGGAGAAACUCCCCAAAUACAAGUGUGCCAAGCUUGUAGCGUCAUACCCAGAAAGACUCAAGGCUGUAAUCGCUGUCAAAGGUGCUUCAACAAAGUACUGAGUAAAGGGUCGGAAUACUUAUGUAAAUGUAAUAUUUCCGUUUUUUAUUUGUAAGAAAUUUGCUAAAAUUUCUAAAAACAUGUUUUUGCUUUGUCAUUAUGGGGUAUUUGGUGUAGAUUGAUGAGGUAAACGAACAAUUUAAUCCAUUUUAGAAUAAUGCUGCAACGUAACAAAAUGUGGAAAUUGUAAAGGGGUCUGAAUACUUUCCGAAUGCACUUUUAUAUGGCAUCUAUUCUAUAUCCUUUACGAUUAGAGAAAGACUCCCUGUCUUUCGCCAUGUAAUUGAGAUGAUUUAGGCGUACUUGCCAAGUUGGCCUCAAUCACUAAUAAGCUUCAUUUUGCCAAUUGGCAGACUCUGAAACAGCAGAUGUUGAUUAGAAUGAACGCUGUUUUACAGCCAGGGCUACUCACAACAAAGCAUAUGGAAUCUGUCUACCAAGAGGCUACAGUUGAGGUGUCCAUUUCUUAUAAUCAAUUUGAUGACCCUGGCCCUCAUAUUGCAAACACCAGUUAUUGCACUUCAGUCUUCAGUUCAGAAGACAUCCCCACACAUCACACAACAUCCUCAACCGCCUUGCCUGUUCAUUAUGUUUGAAUACAUUCUCUUAUAGGUGCAUGGAGAGCGUUAAGCCAACAUGGUUGGAUUGCUCGAUGUAAAACAUUUAUUAUUUAUGUAUUUACAGGUAACUGCCAAAAUAAAAUAAAGUAAAUAAAGUUAUGGGUGUAGGGUUUAACUCCAAGACAUAUUGUCCCCUCGGUGAGUUAUGGGUGUAGGGUUUAACUCCAAGACAUAUUGUCCCCUCGGUGAGUUAUGGGUGUAGGGUUUAACUCCAAGACAUAUUGUCCCCUCGGUGAGUUAUGGGUGCAGGGUUUAUCUCCAAGACAUAUUGUCCCCUCGGUGAGUUAUGGGUGUAGGGUUUAACUCCAAGACAUAUUGUCCCCUCGGUGAGUUAUGGGUGUAGGGUUUAACUCCAAGACAUAUUGUCCCCUCGGUGAGUUAUGGGUGCAGGGUUUAACUCCAAGACAUAUUGUUCCCCUCUGUGAGUUAUGGGUGCAGGGUUUAACUCCAAGACAUAUUGUCCCCUCGGUGAGUUAUGGGUGUAGGUUUUAACUCCAAGACAUAUUGUCCCCUCUGUGAGUUAUUGGUGUAGGGUUUAACUCCAAGACAUAUUGUCCCCUCUGUGAGUUAUGGGUGUAGGGUUUAACUCCAAGACAUAUUGUCCCCUCUGUGAGUUAUGGGUGCAGAGUUUAACUAAUUUUUCUCCUCCUCCUUUCUGCUCAACAAAUCUUCAUUGUCUGCUCCUUUUUUUAUGGUGUUUUUCUUAGACCUUUAAGUCACACACUUUUACAGUCUCUCUCCAUCUUUCUCUUUUCUGCUUCCUUCCUUUCUGCCCGCCCUAAGAAAUAAAGAUUUUAGACACAGGUAGGUGUAUGAUGGUGCUGGUCUGUCACUGUCUUUCUGUGUGGUAAGAAUGAAUGUAUUUUUUUACGAACAUAUUUUUAUGGUAAAUUGAUAAGCCGUUAAGGCCUUAUUUAAUCUGGUUUGGCUCAUAAAGGUGUCCAGUUUUAUAACCCCACUUUGUAAUGUUACAUGCAUUUUUUUCACUGUGUUGAAUGCAUUCUCACAUUUAUUUUAACACACCCACAUUAUUCCAUUCAUAAGUAUCAAAGGCUUACAGUAUUGACUAAUGUACCAUUAAACAUGAGAACACUUACUGGGUCUAUCUUCAUUGCCAGACCGUUAAACAAGUUCUAUCCACAUUCAACAGCUUAUGUUUCAGGCUUAUUAUUGGCCUCCGAGCACACAUACAGUGCCAGUCAUAAGUUUGGACACACCUACUCAUUCAAUAGUUUUUCUUUAUUUCUACUAUUUUCUACAUUGUAGAAUAAUAAUGAAGACAACAAAACUAUGAAAUAACACAUAUGGAAUCAUGUAGUAACCAAAAAAGUGUUAAACAAAUCAAAAUAUAUUUUAUAUUUGAGAUUCUUCAAAUAGCCACCCUUUGCCUUGAUGACAGCUUUGCACACUCUUGGCAUUCUCCCAACACACCUCCAGGCUAUGUAAGGGCUGUUUUACCAAGAAGGAGAGUGAUGGAGUGCUGCAUCAGACGACCUGGCCUCCACAAUCCCCCGACCUCAACCCAAUUGAGAUGGUUUGGGAUGAGUCAGACGGCAGAGUGAAGGAAAAGCAGCCAACAAGUGCUCAGCAUAUCAAGACUGUUGGAAAAGCAUUCCAGGUGAAGCGGGUUGAGAGAAUGCCAAGAGUGUGCAAAGCUGUCAUCAAGGCAAAGGGUGGCUAUUUUAAGAAUCUCAAUUAGAAAAUAUAUUUUGAUUUCUUUAACACAUUUUUGGUUACUACAUGAUUCCAUAUGUGUUAUUUCAUAGUUUUGAUGUCUUCACUAUUAUUCUACAAUGUAAAACAUUGUAAAAAAUAAAGAAAAACCCUUGAAUGAGUAGGUGUGUCCAAACUUUUGACUGGUAGUGUAUGUGUUAUCUCUUCCUCAGUUGGAAAGAGUUGACCUUUUGAUAUGUCAAUGUGCAAUGUGUCAUUUAGUCAUGUAAGAGGAUUAUGGGUAACUGCCGUAGAAAAAUUUGAAUGUAAUUGCCUUUGACAAAAGAUUACAAUUCACAGUCAAUACUACUAUACUUGCUGUAUGUUGGUGACAUACAGCGCCCUACAUAGAAAAGUGUUAAUUCUGUCCUUGAAUUGGAUAAUUUUUUCAUAAUAGCAGCAAGCCUUGAAGACAUCUCUCCUAACUCAUUCUGAAGGAGCCCGACACAUUUUGAGGCGUUUUAAAAUGAAUGCAAAUAAGCACAACCCGACGAAAUGCCAUUCAGUUGUUGACUGUCAUUAACAUAAGUACUUCAUUCCAUAUUUUCCAUAGGCUUCCCCUCGCAGGGGAGUGAUAACGGUUAAAAUGAUCUGACACACUUGAUGCUGCCGCUUUGUCAUACGCAAACCUACUCCAGUCAUAUCCUGUUAAAUUCUCUGACUAUGAGUCUUUUCCUCGACUCUCAAAGCUAUUCCCCACCCGUUUGUUAUGCAAAAAUCCUCACACAACACAAGCUUAAUUGGGCAUUCACAAUGACAAAGAUACAAACAGAUACAGAGGCUCCCUUUUCUGUGGUCAUUAUCAUUCUCAAUGUCAAAUUCUCUUUCUAUGUUAUUUAGGAAAAACACCUUCAAAAUAGAUUAUUUUCAGAUUGUUCAAAUUCAACAAAUGAAAAAAUGUAAAGCGUAGAUUGUUUUCGGAUUGUUCAUGUUAGUAAAAACACCUUUUUAAUACGUUUAUUUUGAGAUUGUUCAUAUUGCAGUAAUUGCAGUAACCACAUUAUUUCCUCAAUCCUAGUAACAACCCUGCUCACCGCUAUUACCUGGCCACCGACCCAGUGACUGGGCAGCUGUAUGUGUCCGACACCAACUCACGGAGGAUCUACCGGCCCAAGGUCCUGAUGGGGAUCAAGGAACUGCAGAGUAACGCAGAGGUGGUGGCAGGGACCGGGGAGCACUGUCUGCCCUUUGACGAGACCCACUGUGGGGAUGGGGGCAAGGCCACGGAGGCCCUGCUCACUGGGCCAAAAGGUAGGAGCUGAGCCAACAUUAGUCUGUUCCCUCCAGGGUUUGCCAAUUCCGCUCCUGGAGAGCUACUGGGUGUACAGGGUUACAGGCGUUUGGUCCAGCCCUGCAGUAAAACAUUUGAUUAGAACAUAGUUAACUGAAUUGGAUGUAACGUUACAAAUUACCUCGACUAAACUGUACCCCCGCACAUUGACACGGUACCGGUACCCCCUGUAUAUGGCCUCAUUAUUGUUAUUGUAUUGUGUAACUUUUUAUUUUAUUUUGUACUUUAUUUUAUUCAGUAAAUAUUUUCUUAACUCUAUUUCUUGAACUGCAUUGUUGGUUAAGGGCUUGUAAGUAAGCAAUUCACUGUAAAGUCUACACCUGUUGUAUGUGACAAAUACAAUAUGAUUUGAUUUGAUUACCGCAGGGCUGAAAUGAAAUCCUGCAAAGCUUUCAAAAUAUUGGUGGUUCACAGCACAAAAUAUGUUUUAGAAGUAAUGUGUUAUCCCUUUUCACCAGGUCAGAAAAUGCUUACAUAAGGGUAACUGGCAUCAUUCACCAUAAGUGUGUACUGUAGCACCAACCAGUAUGGCAGCCAUCAAAUAAAAUGUAAUGUUGUUCGUCACAUUCUUCGUAAACAACAGGUGUAGACUAACAUUGAAAUGCUUACGGACCCUUCCCAACAAUGCAGAGAGAGAAAAUAGAAAAAUUCUAGAAAAGUAAUAACAAAAGUAAAAAUACAUACACAAUGAGUAAUGAUAACUUGGCUACACUGUAUAUACACAGGGCACCAUUUACAUAUAACUAGGAAUAAAGUGACUAGGCAAGAGGAUAGAUAAUAAACAGUAGCAGCAUCAGCCUAUGUGAUGAGUCAAAAAAGUAAGUGCAAAAAGGGUCAAUGCAUACAGUGGGGAAAAAAAGUAUUUAGUCAGCCACCAAUUGUGCAAGUUAUCCCACUUAAAAAGAUGAGAGAGGCCUGUAGUUUUCAUCAUAGGUACACGUCAACUAUGACAGACAAAAUGAGAAAAAAAAAUCCAGAAGAUCACAUUGUAGGAUUUUUAAUGAAUUGAUUUGCAAAUUAUGGUGGAAAAUAAGUAUUUGGUCACCUACAAACAAGCAAGAUUUCUGGCUCUCACAGACCUGUAACUUCUUCUUUAAGAGGCUCCUCUGUCCUCCAGUCGUUACCUGUAUUAAUGACACCUGUUUGAACUUGUUAUCAGUAUAAAAGACACCUGUCCACAACCUCAAACAGUCACACUCCAAACUCCACUAUGGCCAAGACCAAAGAGCUGUCAAAGGACACCAGGAACAAAAUUGUAGACCUGCACCAGGCUGGGAAGACAGAAUCUGCAAUAGGUAAGCAGCUUGGUUUGAAGAAAUCAACUGUGGGAGCAAAUAUUAGGAAAUGGAAGACAUACAAGACCACUGAUAAUCUCCCUCGAUCUGGGGCUCCACGCAAAAUCUCACCCCGUGGGGUCAAAAUGAUCACAAGAACGGUGAGCAAAAAUCCCAGAACCACACGGGGCGACCUAGUGAAUGACCUGCAGAGAGCUGGGACCAAAGUAACAAAGCCUACCAUCAGUAACACACUACGCCGCCAGGGACUCAAAUCCUGCAGUGCCAGACGUGUCCCCCUGCUUAAGCCAGUACAUGUCCAGGCCCGUCUGAAGUUUGCUAGAGUACAUCCAGAAGAGGAUUGGGAGAAUGUCAUAUGGUCAGAUGAAACCAAAAUAUAACUUUUUGGUAAAAACUCAACUCGUCGUGUUUGGAGGACAUAGAAUGCUGAGUUGCAUCCAAAGAACACCAUACCUACUGUGAAGCAUGGGGGUGGAAACAUCAUGCUUUGGGGCUGUUUUUCUGCAAAGGGACCAGGACGACUGAUCCGUGUAAAGGAAAGAAUGAAUGGGGCCAUGUAUCGUGAGAUUUUGAGUGAAAACCUCCUUCCAUCAGCAAGGGCAUUGAAGAUGAAACGUGGCUGGGUCUUUCAGCAUGACAAUGAUCCCAAACACACCGCCCGGGCAACGAAGGAGUGGCUUCGUAAGAAGCAUUUCAAGGUCCUGGAGUGGCCUAGCCAGUCUCCAGAUCUCAACCCCAUAGAAAAUCUUUGGAGGGAGUUGAAAGUCCGUGUUGCCCAGCGACAGCCCCAAAACAUCACUGCUCUAGAGGAGAUCUGCAUGGAGGAAUGGGCCAAAAUACCAGCAACAGUGUGUGAAAACCUUGUGAAGACUUACAGAAAACGUUUGACCUGUGUCAUUGCCAACAAAGGGUAUAUAACAAAGUAUUGAGAAACUUUUGUUAUUGACCAAAUACUUAUUUUCCACCAUAAUAUGCAAAUAAAUUCAUUAAAAAUCCUACAAUGUGAUUUUCUGGAUUUUUUUUCCUGAUUUUGUCUGUCAUAGUUGACGUGUACCUAUGAUGAAAAUUACAGGCCUCUCUCAUCUUUUUAAGUGGGAGAACUUGCACAAUUGGUGGCUGACUAAAUACUUUUUUUCCCCACUGUAUAGUCUGGGUAGCUACAGUAUUUGGUUAACUAUUUAACUAACUAUUUAGCAGUCUUAUGGCUUGGGGGUAGAAGCUGUUCAGGGUCCUGUUGGUUCCAGACUUGGUGCAUCGGUACUGCUUGUCGUGCAGUAGCAGAGAGAAUAGUCUAUGACUUGGGUGGCUGGAGUCUUUGAAAAAUGUUAGUGCCUUCCUCUGAUACCGCCUAGUAUAGAGGUCCUGUAUGGUAGGGAGCUCGGCCCCAGAGAGGUACUGGGCUGUACACACUACUCUCUAUAGCGCCUUGCGGUCGGAUGCUGAGCAGUUGCCAUACUAAGCGGUGAUGAAGCCAGUCAAGAUGCUCUCAAUAGUACAGCUGUAUAACUUUUUGAGAAUCUGAGGGCCCAUGCCAAAUCUUUUCAGCCUCCUGAGGGGGAAGAGGCAUUGUCCGUGCCCUCUUCAUGACUGUGUUGGUGUGUGUGGACCACGAUAGAUCCUUAGUGAUGUGGACACCGAGGAACUUGAAGCUCUCUACCCUCUCCACUACAGCCCUGUCGUCCACACUGCCAGGUCUCUGACCUCCUCCCUAUAGGCUGUCUCAUCAUCGUCGGUGAUCAGGCCUACCACCGUCGUGUCAUCAGCAAACUUAAUGAUGGUGUUGGAGUCUUACAUGGUCACGCAGUUGUGGGUGAACAGGGAGUACAGACAGGUACUAAGCAUGCACCCUUGAGGGGCCCCCGUGUUGAGGGUCAGCGUGGCAGAUGUGUUGUUGCCUACCCUCACCACCUGGGGGCGGCACGUCAGGAAGUCCAGGAUCCAGUUGCAGAGGAAGAUGUUCAGUCCCAGGGUCCUUAGCUUAGUGAUGAGCUUGGAGGGCACUAUGGUGUUGAACGCUGAGCUGUGGUCAAUGAACAGCAUUCUCAUGUAGUUAAUGAACAGCAUUCUCACAUACAGUAGGUGUUCCUCUUGUCCAGGUGGGAGAGGGCAGUGUGGAGUGCAAUUUAUAUUUCAUCAUCUGUGGAUUUGUUGGGGUGGUAUGCGAAUUGGAGUGGGUCCAGGUUGUCUGGGAUGAUGUUGUUGAUGUGAGCCAUGACCAGCAUUUCAUGGCUACAUAUGUGAGUGCUAUGGGGAGAUAAUCAUUUAGACAGGUUACCUUGGCAUUCUUGGGCACAGGGACUAUGGUGGUCUGCUUGAAACAUGUAGGUAUUACAGACUGGGUAAGGGAGAAGUUGAAAAUGGCAGUGAAGGCACUUGCCAGCUGGUCAGUGUAUGCUCUGAGUAUGUGUCCUGGUAAUCCAUCUAUUAAUGUUAACCUGUUUAAAGGUCUUACUCACAUCAGCUACGGAGAGCGGGAUCACACAGCUGGUGCUCUCAUGCAUGGUUCAGUGUUGCUUGCCUCGAAGCGAUCAUAAAGGGCAUUUAGCUCAUCUGGUAGGCUCGUGUCACUGGGCAGCUCGCGGCUGGGUUUCACUUUGUAAUCCCUGCACGAGCAUCAGAGCCAGCGUAGUAGGAUUCGAUCUUAGUCCUAUAUUGACGUUUUGACUGUUUGAUGGCUCGUCGGAGGUGGUUGCGGGAUUUCUUAUAAGCGUCCAGAUUAGUGUCCCCCUCCUUGAAAGUGGCAGCUCUAGCCUUAAGCUCAGUGCAGAUGUUGCCUGUAAUCCAUAGGUUCUGGUUGGGAUAUGUACGUACGAUCAACGUGGGGAUGACGUCGUCAAGGAACUUAUUAAUGAAGCCAGUGACUGAUUUGGUAAAAUCCUCAAUACCAUCGGAUGAAUCCCGGAACAUAUUCCAGUCUGUGCUAGCAAAACAGUCCUGUAGCUUAGCAUCCGCUUCAUCGGACCACUUCCGUAUUGAGCGCAUCACUGGUACUUCCUGUUUGAGUUUUUUGCCAAAUGGAGGGCGAAGGGAAAGCUUUGUAUGUAUUUCUGUGUGUGGAGUAAAGGUAAUCUAGAGUUUUGUGUCCUCUAGUUGCACAGGUGACAUGCUGGUAGAAAUGAGUUAAAACAGAUUUCAGUUUCCCUGCAUUAUAAUCACCAGUCACUAGGAGCACUGCCUCUGGAUGAGCUUUUUCUUGCUUAUUGCCUUAUACAGCUUGUUGAGUGCGGUCGUAGAGCCAGUGUUGGAUUGUGGUGGUAAAUAGACAGCUAUGAAAACUAUAGAUGAAAACUCUUGGUAAAUAGUAUGAUCUACAGUUUAUCAUGAGGAAUUCUAACUCAGGCGAGCAGAAUCUUGAGACUUCCUUAAUAUUAGAGACUGCACACCAGCUGUUGUUAACAAAAAGAUACACCCCUCCCCUAACCUUACCCGACGCCGCCGUUCAGUCUACGAUGCAUAAAAAAAACAGCUAGAUGUACAGUAUAUUAUCCAUGGCCUUGUUCAGCCUCGACUCUGAGAAACACAGGAUAUUACAGUUCUUCAGGUCCUGUUGAUAGGAUAGUCUCGAACGGAGCUCGUCCAGUUUGUUCUCCAGUUAUUGUACGUUUGCCAAUAGAACGGAGUUUAAAGGCGGAUUAUUUAUUUGCCAAUAUAGUUUUGUCAGGGUGCCCGCACGUCAGCCUCUCUUACGCAGUCUUUUCCUUUUCCGAGUCUCAGGGAUUAGGGCCUGGUCUGGGGUGAGCAGUAUGUCCUGCACCACCGACUCAUUGAAGUAGAAAUCUUCAUCCAAAUCAAUGCUAGUGAUCGCCACAUUGGGCCUAAACACUAACCACCCUCCGAACAAUCUGAAGGUAGCCCUUUCCACUCACAGCCCCUAUCAACCCGUAUACGGGUUGAUAAGAUCCUUAAUUGGAACGCAGUGGCUAUACAGUAACAUGUUAUAAAUGAUGUCAGAGCUCAGGUUCUCCGCUUCACAGCGCUGUGAUGUCAUGCAAGCAAGCCAAACACCCAUGAGUCCAAAUGGGCACUUCACGUUUCCAUAUUUGAAAACUCAAUUUACAGUAUCAUUGUUUAUCAUUGCCAUGUUUGAUGCACAGUUACAAGGAUGACAUGGCGUUAUACCUUGGGUUGUCCCGAACAGAAUGAGCCAAUGUUUGUCCUAUUGUGAAGAACAUUAGCUGCGGAACACGCACUUGAAUGCACUCAUGACUCCAUUCUAUGCGCACCUUUUGAAAGCCUAACACUAUAAGAUCAUAUUUUAUAACUUAGCUAGCCAUGUUGGCAAUAGAAUGAGCUUUCAAAUGAUGCCCACCUGACCCAGAUUGCAAUUUAUAAUGGAACAUUUUUGGAUUGCGUAAACAACAACAACAGUAAUUGUUUGAUGGUGGGGACGCAGGGCUCUGUUCCAAACAAAAAAAAGUGUGCUUGCUUCAGUUCCUCAAUGGCAAAGCUAGGUGAGCUAAAUUUUUUUUAUAAAAAACUAUAGUUGAAGGCUCUUUACUUGAGUCAUAAAAGUGCAUUGAAAUUACUUGCACAUGUUUUCAGAUUUCAUUAUUGACAAAUGCUGUGAAAAGUACAGUAAAUGUAAAAUGCACAUAAAAUCAGUAGUGCAAUGUUUGGAUUCAGGCUUGUGUCAGGUGAAUUGUUGUGUCCUCACCUUUGGUCUGAUCAUUUCCUCAUAAUCUCCAAAGUGUCCUCUUUCAAUUGCUACCAUGGUCAUGCAUAGUUCUUCUGUUUCAAUUUGGCCCUAUCCAUAUAGGCCAAUUUCCACGAGCGUAAGGGGUUAAGAAGUCAUGGAUUAUUAGUUUGUCUGGUGUGUGCCAGUCUUUAAAGUCCCCCCUAAUGGCCCAGCUUAAACUGCAUUUAAAAGAGUGGGUUUGACUGAAGGGAGUCUGGGAGGGAGGGACUCUAACUUUGAAGUGGGAGGAGGUAGAGGCUGGGGGAAAGAGAUGGCAGAUGGCUGGGCUUUUCUUUUCCAGACGUUUGCUGAAAUAUGCUCAAAUGUGACACUUUUCAUCUGUCUGAAUUUUCCCCCGACUGUCAAAUAGCCAGCUCUCCCAGAAUGGAUUGGUGCUCCCUAAGCUCUUUAAUGUUUCAGUAGCCAGGCAAUCUUUGUGCAAACCUACAUGUAGCCACAGGUCAAACCAAAGCACUCACCUAUAAAAAAUAAAAUCAUUUUAAAAAACGGAUUUAGAAGCUAUUAAAUCUGUUAAAGGCAGAAUAUAUACCAAUUCCUCACCUCUUGUGAUCAACUGUUCUCACCUUGUUGAGUUUAAAAACCAACCACAGUGUGUGUUUACACCAGCGUUUAUAGCGCUGAUUGAAAAAAGAAAUGGAAAUGUACGUGAGGUUUAAUUGAAAUCCUAUAGCCACCGCUCUCUAUUAGGAGCCCACAGUAACAUGAAGAGAUGUGAAGUGUGCCAUGGUUGCUAAUAUAUUUUCCCUGUGUGGGACAAAUUACUACGGCAAGCACUCUCUCCUCGCACUGAAAUUUGGAACCCUCAGCCGACACUCAAUCAGUCGGGCAAUUUUGCCCACUGCCGUAACCAUGGCAACUGCCUGUCGUUCACCCGUUUCGUCUAAAAUUGGCCCAAGCCGUCAUUUCCCCCCGCCCACCCAUUUCACGGAUAGAGUGAAGAGAGUUGAUGAUUGUCGGGUGUCAGAGCUACAAUUUGAGGGAAAAAAGCAACACUCGUUGACACUGUACCUAUGAGUUCUGUUUUUAGAGGUGGGAUAUGGCGAGACGCGCAGCGCCCGGCACACAUACAGUAGAGAUACAGCCUUUCCCACUUCACCCUGAGAAAUUAUUCAAUAGCAGGAAAGCAGGCGGUUGAAUUAUUGAAGGAUGUGCUUUUUGCAGUGACCUGAAUAAUGGGAAGCCAAACUCGACACAUGUAUCCGUCGUGUUCCGUCCACAGAGUCAUGGAAGCAGAAAGAACUUCACAUCUCCCACAUCUGACACAUCUAUCUAUCUGUUUUCACUUCUGCCUUUCUUUUAUUCCCCCCUUCCCCCCUUUUGCCUCGACAGGUAUCGCUGUGGACAAGAAUGGACUGAUAUACUUUGUGGACGGCACCACGAUCCGGAGAGUUGACCAAAGCGGCAUCAUAUCCACACUCCUGGGCUCCAAUGACCUCACGUCGGCACGCCCCCUGACCUGUGACAUCAGCAUGGACAUCAAUCAGGUGACUGUCAGAUUACCAGUCAGGCCUCCCUCACGCCUGUUCUGUCCUUAAGUCAGUUCCCAUAGGGCUCACAUCACAGCGCCACCUUGUGGUUCUCUCCCUGCCAAUCUAUGAGUCACUCAGUCUGGAGUGUUAAAUAAUGCCAGUCUCUCUAGGAUUCUGAGAUCGCAAAUGUUUUUUUGAAGAUUCAACAAUUCCCUGCAUAUUAUACAAGGGCUUACAAGUUUGACCAAUCAUCGCACUAUUACCGCAUAAAACAGUAAAAUCUCUGCAAUAUUAGCGCAUUAAACUGUCUGAUUACCACACUACAAAAAGAGGGCUACCAUAAAAUGGUUCAAUCAAGCCACACGUCAACAAACCUUUCCAACUGUCAAUGCAUUUUUGUGACAAUUUGGACAAAAUCAUUGCAUAUUGUUAUGCAAAAUGUCAAAUAUGCUGCAGCAAAAUCAAGCAAUUUUGACCGCAAAAAAACAGCCACGAAAUCCUGAUAAUGGAAGUACUUACAUAGUUAAAUAAUAAACCUUUGGGUAUGGUUAUCUCAGGGGAUGGAAAGACAUUAGAAUGCAUUGUAUUCUGGUUUUAAGGACCUCUAUCUUUCAAGUUGCUGAGGCUUAUUGUUGGGUAUCUACAGUGUGUCCCAAUCUGUUCCUUAGGGACCCACAGGACUGCAUAUUUUUGUUGCAGUACACUAGCACAUCUGAUUCAUAUAAGUCAAAUAACCACCAAGCCCUUGAUUAGUUAAAUCAGGUGUAAUCGAAGUUCAUGUAGUCAGCAACUGAUUUUUGAGGGGUCAUUCCUACCAAACAACAUGACAUUUCAACAGUUGUCUAUCUAACAACUUUCCACAGAUGCAAAAGAUUGUGUCUCCAAAAAUCUUCCCUUAACAGUUGAUGAAGUUACCUCCUCAUGAACAUAGUGCCCUGUCAGAAGGCAAUAAGUUACCUCCUCAUGAACAUAGUGCCCUGUCAGUAGGCAAUAAGUUACCGCCUCAUGAGGGUAAAACACUAACUCAAUACAACUUUGUCUCUCCUCUGAAACAUCUCCACUCUAUCCCCUUCCAUUACAUACAGUCUCUGACGUGGUGCAAAUUAAUAAUGAAGAAAAUACAACUAAGAAAAGCUUUUAUCAUAUUAAAAUGGAAUGGCGGGCCUCCAUAACACGUCCGGAGGGGACGUUUCAGGAGUGGAUUGGGGUCGAGAGUCAAAUUCAACUUGGAUUGGGGUCCCAUACCUCUGCCCUUUAAUCCAAGGGGACAUGCCAGAGAGCAUUUCCAUGUGUCUUAUCAGAACCCUAAGGGAGGCUUGAAACCAUCAGGCAGACUGGCAUGCAUAGUACUAAACAUGUAAUCUUAAGUUAAUUAAGACACUUCAAUGUUACAACCCAACACGGAUAUCUUUUUGGCUAGAAUGUAGCAUCCCGAGGCAUAUUGUCCCCAUAAGAAGGCAGACUGGCAGGCUUAAUGCAUGGCACAGAGACAAACAGUCACAGUAGUGAGUCGUGUGCAGCCUUAAGGGCAAAACGCCUUAUUAUUAAUCACUGGAAAGGACGAUUAAGGAUUUGUUUUCCCACAGUUUUUGACAAUGCUGAUGUCACACUGAAAUAUUUAGGAGAAUGUAGACAUUUAUAAUGGGACAAGUUUGCCAAUGUCACAUUGGUGAUGUGUAGAUGGAGAAGAUCACAGUCAUUUGGGUUGACAGUCACGUCUUAAUGCCACAUCUCUGUGAGGUGGUGCCUAUAACAAUGUCCCGAUCUGCAGGUACUCCUGGAGUGGCCUACCGACCUAGCGGUCAGCCCCAUGGAUAACUCCCUGUACGUCCUGGACAGCAAUGUGGUCCUUCGAAUCACUGAGAACGGCCAGGUCAGCAUUGCAGCGGGCCGGCCCAUCCACUGCCCGUUGGCCGGGAUGGACCGCGGAGGUCAAAGGGCAGCACUGACGCCCCUGGAGUCUGCCGUGGCCAUCGCUGUGUCCUACCACAGCGCCAUCUUCGUCGCCGAAACCGACGAGCGGAAGCUGAGCCGAAUCCGAACUGUGUCCGUUGACGGUGAAAUAACCCAUCUGGUGGGGUCGCCGUCCGACUGCGACUGUAAGAACGAUGUUAACUGUGACUGUUACCAGACGGGCGAUGGCUACGCCAAAGACGCCCGUCUCAACGCACCGUCCUCUCUUGUCGUGGCACCCGAUGGCACCCUAUAUGUGGCAGACCUGGGCAACAUCCGCAUCCGGGCAGUCGGUAGGAACGGGCCUGUGUUGACCUCCAACGCCAACACCUUCGAAGUGGCAUCGCCGGAUGCCCAGGAAUUGUACGUCUUUGACACCAAUGGGACCCACCUACACACCACCAACCUCAUGACAGGUGACUUCAAGUACACCUUCAGCUACAGCACGGAGAACGACGUUACCGCCAUGACCGAUAGCAACGGAAACACCCUGAGAAUCCGCCGUGACCCCAACCGCAUGCCCGUGCGCAUAGUCGCCCCUGACAACCAGGUCAUCUGGCUGACCAUGGGGACCAACGGUGGGCUGAAGACCUUGACGGCUCAGGGCCAGGAACUGGUGCUGCUCACCUACCAUGGUAACACUGGCUUGCUGGCUACCAAGACCUCUGAAAUUGGCUGGACCACAUUCUACGAGUGAGUAUACAGAAGUAAGAGGGACUGAUUUCUGCAGUGGCAGAGUAUACCUUCACUUUUUAGGGUGAUGAGAGUCUGACUAGAUAAAUACAUUUGAGUAAUAUGAAGAAAUAUUAAUUUAUUAUAAUGUAAGCUAAAUAAGUUGAGGCUUUGCACUUAAAAUGUAUCUACAUUCAUAUUCCAUUUUCCUCUUGAUGUGAACUUGGUGACAGUCACAGUGACUUCCUUCACAUUGACACGCACUGGAAAAUUUGCCCACAGUGUCAUAUUUCGAUCCUUUGAAAGGUUAUUCUACCAAGUUACAUAUAAAGAGACCGUGUGGUGACAGAGUGUGAUGUUGCCUAGAUACUCUUAACAAAAUGACACCAUGCAUCGAUGUAAAAAUUCAUGAAUCAUAAUGAUCACUUUUACAUUAACUUCUCCAUCCAUCUUUCAGCUAUGACAGCGAAGGCAAGCUAAUGAACGUGACGUUCCCCACCGGAACAGUGAACAACCUGUACACCGACAUCUACAGGGCCUUGACCGUGGACAUUGAGAGUUCCUUGACUGAAGAGGAAAUUAGCAUUACCACCAAUACCACCACCAUCCGUGCCUUCUAUACAUUGGCUCAGGGUAAGCUGCACAUCUCCUCCUCUCAGUCUUGCUGAAACAGGCACAAACAGUUCAGACUGCCAUUUUGAAGCUGGUUAUUUGUCAUUGUUGCUUGGGUCGUCAGGGCAAUGUUGAGUAAGCUUAAGUCAUGUGUCAUUAUGGGUGAGCGGGUUUGACAGAAGACAGUGUAAAUUAUUACUUCCUCAGUGUGUGGGGUGAGCAGAAACCUUGUAUCGAAACACUUUGUCCUGUGUUUCGAGCUAUUUAUUGAAUUCUUCCAUUUAUUGAAGUUCUAUAGUUCUUUUUUAAAUGUUAAUCUGUUUUUCUAUCAGAGGGUAGUUUUAUCCAACAUGGCAUAGGUGGGAAGAUUUCCCUGAGUAUCGACAACAAUGAUUUAUAGUCACAAUACUUAGUACAAUGUUAUCAAAGAUGACCCUGUCUUUUUAUCUUUUCAGAUCAAUGUAGAAGCAGUUAUCAGGUUGGCUAUGAUAACUCUCUGAGGAUCACCUAUGCCAAUGGAAUGGACACCCACUACCAGACUGAGCCCCACAUCUUGGCGGGCACUGCCAACCCCACCGUGGCACGGCGUAACAUGAGUUUGCCAGGGGAGAGUGGGCAGAAUCUGGUCGAGUGGCGCUUCCGCAAGGAGCAGGCCAGGGGCAAAGUCAUCGUUUUUGGGCGCAAGCUAAGGGUGAGUUUCACUUUAUUAUUCAGAGAGUUUCAUUUAUCUGUAAGAUAUGUUGGUGUUCACUCACCGACUGUAUAUUAACUGACACUUAACUGAAGUGUAGGCCUACAGCAAAAUCAUUUAAAUGCCUCCCUGGAUGCAUCAAUGAUUCAUCCUGGAGUUAAGUGUGAGAUAUAAGCAUACCUGAUUUUAAUUAAAUGCAGUAAAAUAGUACCUGCUUCCAAAUUCCCAAUACCCUAUACUGCCAGUAUUCUUCUCCAGAACCUGCCAAUGAGAUUUACAAUUGACGUUAUGAACUUAACUUGGGUAGUUACUUUCCUUAACAACAAUUUUGACCCCACUAAAUUUAGGGGGGGGGGGGGGGGUUUCUGAGCAAUUGCCAGUGUCUCUCAGUUUAAUGAAGCCCUUGAAGGAGCUAUUCAUCUCCUCUCACUGACUGCCAAAGAGUGGCAAUCACACUAAAUGCUGUUUUUAGGUCACCAGAUAAAACAAUAAGUGCACUCUCCAUGACUCUGUGACUUCAAAGACUCAUUCUCUGUUGCAUAGAAUUAGGAAUUAGAAUGCUAGAAUGGACAUGAACCUUCUUAUGACGGUAUACAAGGUCAGCCAUUUUGGUAAGGGAGUUGGUAAGCCAGUCAUCAGCCAGUGAUGUCAUAAGAUAUCGUGUAAAAAUGAAUUUGAAGAUUAUCUGCAGAGUAUGUUUGUUAGCUACUUAGCCAAUAAUGUGUCACAUUAACUGCCAAUAGGCCAACAUUUCAUUCAAACAAUGCAGUCAAUGCACAGCCAUACACUGGCUGAAAUUAGUUGUAAAUGACUGAUAUUGUAUCAUAUUAUAACACUUACAGCUUUUCAAAAAAACAAACAUUAAGACAUUUAUGGUAUGCUUACAUAUAUUUUAGAGGCUAUUUAUACAUAUAAUUGGUAUAAAACCUUUGUAAACUGUAUUUAUAAUUAUAUGACAAUAUUUUAAGUUGACAAUAAUUCUGUUACUCAAUUAUUGAUAUAUCACAUGCCUUACUUUUUUUUUCCUGCAUAAGUAAGAGGAGUCUCCUGAGUGGCGCAGUGGUCUAAGGCACUGCAUCGCAGUGCUAGCUGUGCCACUAGAGAUCCUGGUUCGAAUCCAGGCUCUGUCGCAGCCGGCCGCGACCGGGAGACUCAUGGGCAGCGCACAAUUGGCCUAGCGUUGUCCAGGGUAGGGGAGGGAAUGGCCGGCAGGGAUGUAGCUCAAUUGAUAGAGCAUGGCGUUUGCAACGCCAGGGUUGUGGGUUCAAUUCCCAUGGGGGACCAGUAUAAAAAAAUAUAUAUAUAUGUAUUCACUAACUGUAAGUUGCUCUGAAUAAGAGCGUCUGCUAAAUGACUAAAAUGUAAAUGUAGAAGGAAAUGGAUCACCUAUGCCUCUACUGCAAUUCAGACUGGUUUGGAUUUCUCCCUGACGCCAAUGGCUGACAUUUUCAUACCAUUCUGGAACUUUUAGGGUUUAUGACAUAGCCCCUCUAGUAAUCUAAUAGGAUCUCUAUGGUCUGUUGUUGUUUUGUCUGGGCUUUGAUUCAAUACACAUACCAACUAACAGGUGAACGGACGGAACAUUCUGUCGGUUGAUUAUGACCGUACGCUGAGGACGGAGAAGAUUUAUGACGACCACAGGAAGUUCCUGCUGAAGAUUAUCUAUGACGGCGCGGGCCACCCUGUGCUAUGGGUCCCCAGCAGUAAGCUUCUGCCCGUGAACGUCAGCCGGAGCAGCAACGGGCAGAUUAGCGCCCUCCAGAGGGGGGCGACCAGCGAGCGGUUGGAGUACGACGCUCAGGGACGCGUCGUUUCCAGAGUGUUUGCUGACGGGAAGACGUGGAGUUACACAUACCUGGACAAGGUGAGGGUUGAAGCGUCUCGAUAAAAUGAUUUGGUUUCUCCACUUGUGCACAAAUGCACAAACACAAAUGGAGUACUUUUGAUGAUUAAAGCAAUUGUGAAUUGGAAUGGAGGCCCCACACAUGCCUUGCUUAACUCUUAGACAGACAGAACCUGCGUGGUUCUGGUACUGGUACCGACCGACAUUUUCGCUUAUAAAUUGAUAUGUGGACAUCAUCAAUUGAAAUGUAUUGCAUUGAGCGGUAGCCCUGAUUCUAAUGGACACAGGAGUAUGCCUCUUCUGCCUGUGUAAAGCAGGAUGUGAAAUCUGACACCACUUGAAGCGGGGAUGUCCCUCCUACCAUUUCAUUCGCUCUUAUGACUGUCCAUCAACUCCUGGCUGAACUCUACGUCACAGCCACUUACAUCGUAACGCAGCAGGAGAUAGUGGUUUCAUCGCUGUAGCACAUUCAGAGAUCGAUUUAUAGCCAGUAAUCUAAAAUCAUUCAUAGAUUUCCCUAAGAACAUAACUCCUCGCUGAACUUCCCUAGGAGCAUAACUCCUCGCUGAACUUCCCUAAGAACAGAACUCCUCGCAGAACUUUCCUAAGAACAUAACUCCUCGCAGAACUUCCCUAAGAACAUAACUCCUCGCAGAACUUCCCUAAGAACAUAACUCCUCGCAGAAAAAUAAGUGAGAUCACUUACUGGAAGGCUCAGCUGCAAGGACUUUUCCUCAUGCAAAAACCAUGCAGAGAUUUCCUCGCCCUCACUUGGCAUUGGGCACUUGGCCCUCCUUGUGCUCAUUACAUGACAGGGAUAGGCCAUGUCAACAAAGAAACAUGGGGCACACUGAAGCCUUAGGAGCUUAAGUAACCUCAGUGUACCGACAGUUGACUGGGCAUGGCAUUUUCACAGGAAGGGUGGCAGUCCACCUAAAGCACUUCUAGCAUCCAAAGUGCAUUAUGAAUUAACUCUGAAUGCCAUGAAUUUUAGGAGUCAGAAAUAAAUGUGUGUAGGUUUGAUGCAAUUGUUUAGGCUAUUUUGUGAGCGGGUGGUGUAAAUAUAUAAUUAUUUGUAGUCAUAAAACAACAAAAAAUGAAUACUUCAAAUACUCAUAUUUAUUUUCUCCCUUUGCGCAUCUUUCCUGUAGUCAAUGGUGCUCCUGCUCCACAGCCAGCGUCAGUACAUCUUCGACUUUGACUCUCUGGACCGACUAUCUGCCGUCACCAUGCCCAGUGUGGCCCGCUACACCAUGCACACAGUCCGCUCAGUGGGCUACUACCGCAACCUCUUCCACCCGCCUGAGAGCAACGCCUCUGUAGCCGUGGACUACAGUGAGGAUGGCCUCCUGCAGCGAGUGGUGCACUUGGGCACGGGCCGCCGGAUCUUAUACAAGUACCGACGGCAGAACAAGCUAGCCGAAGUCCUGUACGACAGCACGCGGGUCAGCUUCACGUACGAUGAGAUGGCAGGCGUGCUGAAGACGGUCAACCUGCAGAGCGAGGGCUUCAUCUGUUCGAUCCGUUACCGCCAAGUGGGCCCCCUGGUGGACCGGCAGAUCUUCCGCUUCAGCGAGGACGGAAUGGUCAAUGCCCGCUUCGAUUACACCUAUGACAGCAGCCUGCGAGUCACCAGCGUUCAGGGCGUCAUCAACGAGACGCCGCUGCCCAUCGACCUCUACCAGUUCGACGACAUCUCUGGCAAGGUCGAGCAGUUCGGCAAGUUCGGCGUCAUCUACUAUGACAUCAACCAGAUCAUCUCCACGGCCGUCAUGACCUACACCAAGCACUUUGACGCCCACGGCCGGAUCAAGGAGAUCCAGUACGAGAUCUUCCGAUCCCUCAUGUACUGGAUCACCUUCCAGUAUGAUGACGUGGGACGAUGCACUAAGAGGGAAAUCAAGAUUGGGCCGUUCGCCAACACCACCAAGUACGGCUACGAGUACGACGUAGACGGCCAGCUCCAGACGGUCUACCUCAACGACAAGGUCAUGUGGCGCUACACCUACGACCUGAAUGGCAACCUCCACCUACUGAACCCAGGCAACAGCGCCCGACUGCUACCUCUGCGCUACGACCUCCGUGACCGCAUCACCCGCCUGGGAGAUGUGCAGUACCGCAUGGACGAGGAUGGCUUCCUCCGCCAGCGAGGUUCCGAGAUCUUCGACUACAACUCCAAGGGCCUCCUGGCUCGCGUAUACAGCAAGGGCAACAGCUGGACCAUCCAGUACCGCUACGAUGGCCUGGGCCGGAGGGUGUCCACCAAGACCAACCUGGGGCAGCACCUGCAGUACUUCUAUGCAGACCUGAGCUACCCCAGCAGGAUCACCCACGUCUACAACCACUCCAGCUCUGAGAUCACCUCCCUGUACUAUGACCUGCAGGGACACCUGUUUGCCCAGGAGAUCAGCAGCGGAGAGGAGUACUACAUCGCCUGUGACAACACCGGAACCCCUCUGGCCGUAUUCACCAGCAACGGCCUCCUUGAUCAAGCAGGUCCAGUACACAGCGUACGGGGAGAUCUACUUUGACUCCAACCCGGACUUUCAACUGGUGCUGGGGUUCCAUGGGGGGCUCUAUGACCCGCUGACCAAAUUGUUGCAUUUUGGUGAGAGGGACUAUGACAUUAUGCCCGGCAGGUGGACUGUGCCUGACAUCAACACCUGGAAACGAGUGGGGAAAGAGCCUGGUCCUUUUAAUCUCUACAUGUUCAGAAACAACAACCCCAUCAGCAAAGUACAUGAAGUGAGAGAGUAUGUUGCAGGUAAGAUAUUUAUUGUCACUUUUAUUCAACUUAGUAACAUUUAAUGUGCACAUAGUGUAAACAUGUUAUUUAAAUGUGCUAUUCAAAUGUUUAAAUCUUUGUACAUGCUUUUUUCAUGCAUGUAUUACCAGCUUAUUCAUGAUAACUAAGACAUUAAUUACUUAUGAUAAAACAUUACCAUAUUUUCUAUUUUGACAUAACCAUGUCAUUAAAUAUUUAGUAUGACCUUGCUCUUAUUUGUCCCAUGUAGAUGUGAAUAGCUGGCUGGUGACCUUUGGGUUCCAUCUACACAACACCAUUCCUGGCUACCCAGUCCCAAAGUUUGAUCUGACCCACCCAUCUUAUGAACUGAAGAAGAGCCAGCUUUGGGAUGAUCUACCGGUUGGUUUCAUAUCUGACAUUAUUUCAAUCGCUCCUUGUCCUGCUAUUUGUGAUCCAUAUAGUAGAGAAAUGUAAAGUAAGCAGGGUGAUCUUUAUUAAAACAUUUUUUUACCUUUAUUUUACCAGGGAAGACGUAUCGAGACCUAGGUCUCUUUUUCAAAUGUGCCCUGCUCAAUACAAUACAAAUGUACACGUUAUACACAAAAUAUACAUAUAUAUAUAUAUAUAUAUAUACAUUUAAAAUACAAAAACACAGUCAUGGGAAGCACAAGUAAAACAUCACAAAUCAACCAGAAACAGUUAUAUUCCUCCACAAAUAAUUCCCCAAUCAGUACUCUAAACUGCCCGAACGGCACCAGAACAUUGAUGAAAUGUAUUUUGAUUUUUUUGUCCAGCAAUACAGUGCAUUAAAACUACAACUAAAAGCAGAUUUAACUAGCUCGGUUGAGACUCUAGAAACCUCAAAAGUUGACCAAUCCUGUGAAUGGGUUAGGCAACUCAGGUGUCUAUACUUCAACAGCAACGUUAGAUGGAGUUAUGUCACACAUGCAGUUAAUAAAAAUAUAUGGAAAUGUUUGCUUUAUCUAAAAUUACAACCAACUGAUUGCAGCAUUACCGCAAAAAUGGAGGAGGCAAGUGGAAAGGGGAGAAGGUAAGGAACUUGUCUGUCGGCCCUGCAUUAAAGACCAAAAUUGGCUAAAGGAAAUUGUGAUAAAUAAAAAAGUAUACCAGUUUCAUUUAAGGACCAAAACACUUACAGCUGCGUCAUACAGGUUGCAAAAUAGUUGGGAGGAGAUUUUUGAUGUACCGAUUCCAUGACACAUGGUUUAUGAACUGAUACUCAAAACAACGCCGGAUUCAAAACGUAGAGUUUUUCUGUUUAAAUUAUUAUACAAUAUUCUUGCAACCAAUAUAAUGUUAUAUAUAUAUGGGGGAUACAACCAUCCCAGCUCUGCAGAUUUUGCAGCGAAGAGACAUAAUCAUUAGAUCACUUGUUUUGGUACUGCCCAUAUGUAGCUUGUUUUUGGUCGCAGGUUCAGGAAUGGCUGAAGAAUUUCAACGUUUACUUAAAGCUACCUCUGCAAAUAGAACUGCUGGGUGAUUUGAAAAGUCAUAGUCAAUCUAUCAAUAAUAUAAUAAUACUCUUAGCAAAAAUGUUUAUCUUUCAUUUACAAUCUGUAGAAACUAUGAGAAUAGAAAGAUUCAGAACUUUUGUGAAACAUCACAGCACAGUGGGAAAAUAUAUGGCAGCUUGAAAUCAGAACUGGAUGGUCUUCAGAGAUGGAUGGGAGGGGUUGAGAGUAGCUGAAGGAUGGGACUAAAAACAAACAAAAGAUAACUAAUGUAAAAUAUACUGUGUCCGUAAAAUGUAUAUAGUAUGUAUAAGCAGGAAGUAGAAACCUAAGUAUUUUUGUCCAUUAGUUUACACCAAUUAUGGGAUGGGUGGUAGGGUUAGGGGAAAAUAAUAAAGAAGGAACAUAUAUAUUUUUUAAUAUGUAAUAUUAUAUACAGUAUAUGGGGGGUUGGAAAUGAUGCAGCUAAUUACACUGAUAGAAGCCACACUCUAUCUGCAAUAUUAAAGCUGAUCUAAAAGAGCAUAGUUGUUUGCUGGAUGAAUAUCACUCACUAUGACAAACAAGCAGAGGAAAAAGAAGCAUGCUCUACAAUUGUUUUCUAUUCAAUGUAUAUGUUUUUCUGUAGUACCAUGUUUUUAAUUGGCAUCACAUUUAAUUGGACAGCUUUUUCAUAGGAAGAUGUACAAAUUGCAUUUCCAUUUAUUAUUUAAUUAAUUUGGCACAGUAGAAAAUAACUUAUCUAGAACUUUUCAUUUAUUGUAUCCAGUUAACUUGUUCUGCUGUCCAAGACAAUGUGUUAUAUUUGCCCUUGCAGUACACAUUCAUAACACAGAUAUAAUUAUACUUGUAAUACAAAUUCAUAAGCAAUGCAUAGAUAUUUAUAAGCACUACAUAUGUGACAAUACCACUUGUCAUUGUUAACACAAUCAUUAUUCAAUGCUUACUAAGCUGUCAAGAUUUGCCUAAUAAUCAUUAUAUGAAAAAGAUCCACACUGGCAUUUUACCUUGUUGUACCUUUAUCUCACUUCCUGGUAAUACAAUUAUCUUGCAGGCACAUGAAAACUCUUUGAAGCCUGCUUCUGCUCAUGAAUGGACUGCAGUGUGAGGUUCUGCCAUGCUCAGACAUUAACGUUUCACUGCAUUCUCUUUACAGUCCAUCUCUGGGGUCCAGCAGGAAGUUACCAGACAGGCGCAUGCCCUCCUGAUGUUUGAGCGGCUGCCGGAGGUUCAUGCGGGCCGAGGCCGCAGAGGCGAGAAGCCUUGGUUCUGGUUUUCAGCAGCCCAGUCCCCCAUCGGGAGAGCCGUCAUGUUCGGCAUCUACAAGGGCACUGCCCACACUCAAACGCUCAACGUAGCCAACGAGGACUGUAUCAAGGUGGCCACCGUCCUCAACAAUGCCUUCUACCUGGAAGACCUGCACUUCACUGUGGAAGGCCACGACACUCACUACUUCGUCAAGCCCGGCCUGCCCGACAGCGACCUGGCGGCGCUGCGCCUCACCAGCGGCCACAAGACCCUGGAGAAUGGCGUCAAUGUCAGCGUGUCCCAGUCCACCACGGUCAUGGACAGCCGGACUCGGCGCUUCGCAGACGUGGAGUUGCGGCGCGGGGCGCUUGCGCUGCAUGUGCGCUAUGGCUCCACGGUGGACGAGGAGAAGGCCCGCGUGCUUGAGUUGGCCCGCCAGAGGGCGUUAAUGAGUGUGUGGGCCAGGGAACAGCAGAGGGUGCGCGACGGCGAGGAGGGCGUCCGCCCAUGGACAGAGGGAGAGAAGAGGCAGCUCCUGAGCAGUGGGAAAGUGCUGGGGUAUGACGGGUACUAUGCACUUUCCAUCGAGCAAUAUCCGGAGUUAGCGGACAGCGCUAACAACAUUCAGUUCCUACGGCAAAGUGAAAUAGGGAAA